AAGUAUAAGUGAGCGCAUGCUUGAGAAGUAAACUAAGGUCCAUAUGCUACCAAAAAUGCGUACAUAAUAGAAAGUGGAUGGUCAUGCUGAUUGAAAGGUACUGGAUUUAAAAUGAAUGCAGGGCACAGGUGAUCGCGGUAUAGACGGAGGAGAACCGUCCUUUGGGAGUCGCAGAAAUGCAGCAUGUUCCUGGAGAAGCCGAAUGUGGAAGCAUGUGCGGAAAUGGAAUAUGCGAGUGUGUGAAGGUGAAUUACUACCAGGCAGCCAGACUACUAUACCUGAUGCUGAAUAGCACACAGGCCAGGGCGAUACCACAUAUCAGUGAGAUGCUUC